CGACUAAAUUGAGUUUCAAAACAAGAUGGCGGCCUCCAUGAUCAAAAGAGUAAUGCAAUCGUUCCCGAUUUUCCGGAGCAAAGUUCCAGUUUAUACCGCACAUUGUCACAUAUUACAGUCAGUUAAGCCACAAACAGCAAUAUGCAGAACCAUCACACAAGAGCAAAUGGAAAAGAACAAGAGAGUGUUCCAAAAAAAGAUGUUUCAGUACAUUGCUGCGAUAGUGAUCCUGGUAGCGAUUUCGCCUUACGUGCGCAAAAUAGAUUUCGCUAACUUGGAACCCCGUCGAGACAAGAAGCGCCGAAAGCUACAGGCCUUAAAAGAAGCUGAAGAACGACAGAAUCUUGGUGAAAAUUUGCAACAGUUUGGGAGUGAUCAUAAUGUGAGCUUGAGCAAUGAGUCACUUCGUCCCGUCACUGAGGAGGAGAGGAAGAGUGUUUUUCCCAUUGUCAAAGCAGCAAAAGUUUUUGAUGAAGGUGAUGGCUAUGUUCCUCCUCGCUCUCACCGAUUCAACUUCAUAGCUGAUGCAGUGGAUAGAGCAGCACCUUCUGUAGUCUACAUAGAAAUCCAAGGAAGGCAUCCCAUGAUGGGCAGGCAGCAGAUACCAAUCUCCAAUGGGUCAGGGUUCAUCGUCAGCCCUGAUGGCCUCGUCCUUACCAACGCUCACGUUGUUGCUAACAAGAUCCGUGGCCAGCAGUCAGUCAAGGUUAAGCUGCCAGAUGGACGGAUGGUAGAUGGCCAUGUGGUUGCAGUGGACUCUGUCUCUGACCUUGCUGCCGUCAAAAUUGAUGAUGGCAACAACCUGCCAGUCAUGAAGCUAGGCAAAUCAUCCCGACUUCGGCCAGGCGAGUGGGUGAUCGCUAUGGGUAGUCCCCUGACAUUGAGCAACACCAUCACAGCAGGCAUAGUCAGCACUGUGAGCCGAACCAGCAAAGAAUUGGGACUUAGGAAGGACAUUGACUACAUCCAGACCGAUGCUGCUAUCAAUUUUGGCAAUUCCGGUGGUCCACUGGUCAAUCUGGAUGGAGAAGCCAUAGGAAUCAACACCAUGAAGGUGACUUCCGGAAUUUCCUUUGCCAUUCCCAUUGACAAUGCUAGGGAAUUCCUGGAGGAAGUUCAGAAAAGAAUGAAGUCAGAAGAUGCUGGCAAAGGGUGGACAGGCUGGUUUUCAGGUGGCAAGAAAUCCCCUGGGGUAGAGGGUGAGAAAAGAGGUUACAUCGGCAUCACCAUGUUGUCUCUCAACCCUGGCAUGCUCAAUGAUCUCAAGUCCCGCAUGGCAGAUUUUCCUGAUGUAACACACGGGGUGCUUGUGUACAGGAUCAUCGUUGGGUCACCUGCUCAGGUGGCAGGUAUGAAGGCAGGAGACAUUAUCACCCACAUCGAUGGGAAAGCAGUCAAAUCUGCAACAGCCGUCUACAAUGCCGUGCACACUCUGAAGAAGAUGGAAGUGUCGGUCGUUAGGGGUCCCAGCUCACAGAAAUUGACUCUGACAAUUGUCCCAGAGGAAGCCCAGUGAGGGAGGUCAGAGGUCAAAGUAGUCUCCCCAACCAGUUGAAGUGGCAAGUUCAUGCUGAAAGUUGAGUGGUCAACUGCAAUGUACAUUGUAUUCCAAGACGAGUGCUGUAAAAGAUUGAAAACAUACAUAUACAUGUACUCAGUAGAAAUCUCACACCCUUGUGCAAUGCAUCAGUGAACUCAAAAGUAAAAUCCUCUCACAUGCAGUGUUUUUGCUUGCAAGGAGGGGGGUUGGUCCAUUUCCUGCCUUUGGUACAAGGUAACCAUGGUGAGCAGAAGCACCCCCUCAUCGGUUAACAAGAGCCAUAUUGGUCAGGACUGUUCACGAUGGUAGCAAUGCGACCGUAAUGCAUGCAUUUCAUAAUCGUUCAUGUACCAGUAAUGUGCAGUUUCGACCAAACUAGCCUUCCAUUGCUAAGAAAAUUGCACCCUUUCUUGGUCCAGCUCGAGGCUCAUAGUGUGUUCUUGUUGAUUUGUAUGUUUAGACCUGUUUGGGGGAAUGGUUAAACUUUUUCCCUCUGCGCACAUUACUUCCAGCAUAUCUUCAAAGGGUGUUGAGAAUCUAUGAAGAACUGAUGGUGGUUGACUUACCACUGCACCCUUCUGCAAGAAACAGCUUCAAAUGGGCAUGAAAAAAGGUCACAAUUCAGUUGGUUUUUUAUCCAUUGUAUUCUUCACCUAUGAUGCAUUGAGCUAAGAAUUUGGAUUUUUACCUAGUUGUAAUCUGUGAGGUUAAUCAAUAAAAAAGAAACAGUAGUGAAAUAAAUUUUAAGCCAAGGUAGUUUUGGUA